AUGCACCCGCAUGACCGCGUCCACGAGAAAGACGAAGAGCUUGGGAAGCGCAGUGACGAUCUUAAGCCGAGGAGGAGUCCGACGGCAUCGAGUCUGCUGCAGCCAUGGCGCUGGCGCAAGAGGCGCUUGCUGUGGGCCGUCGCGGUGACAGCUUCGCUCUGCUAUGGUGUUCAUCUGCUGUCGACGGGAUGGAUCCCGUCCUUAGACGCUAUUCGCGCGUCGCCCAGCUUUCCACUUCCAGCUCCACGACCGGGAUCAGAGCUGCAAGAGCCCAUAGGCCCGCCUCCGAGGCAGCGAGUUGCAAGAUCUGGCGAGGGCUCGGACAAGCAUUACUAUGAAGGCAUUCUCAAGUAUUACCGGCUGGCGGCGAGCUUGCACGGCAUUGUACGGACGAUGGGCGGCAAGCCGGACAACCGCAACAUUCUGUUCGCGGUGUCUUCGCUUAAAAGCGCGGCCAACCUCAUCCCCAUGGCUUGUGAGAUGGCUCGCUGGGACAGGAACUACGUCCACAUGAUAUUGCUCGGCCGCGAUCCGUUGUCACUAGACGAUAUUUUGACGAUCAACGGCGUGACCCUUGAUGAUUGUAAUGUAUACUUCCACGACGGUCGGCCGGAUUACACCGAUUACAGUACCGACGACCGCGCCGAAGCCUCGGUGCAUGCGGCAAUGCGGCACGUAUGGGAUUUCAUGCACCCGCAAGCCAUGAUCAUGGACGACAGUAGUGAGGAAGACGACUUUUUCGUUCGAGCUAUGCGGCUGGAAGGAGCGAAGAUGCGCCGGCCGAUUAUCGAGAUACCUACUGGCCGGUACGAGGAGUUCUUCUGGAUGACACGCUUGGACUCCGGCGGUUUGCGCAAUUGGUUUAGGCCUACGAUAGACAUCCUCAUACACGCACCACCGGACAGCUCAGGAGGGCUACUGCGGCUCGUGAAGAGUCUAGAAGGAGCGGAUUAUGGUGGGCUGCGAGUGCCGAAGCUGUCCAUUGAGCUGCCUCAAGAAGUCACGUCGUUCGUUCGAAGGUUCUUGGAAUCCGUCAAUUGGCCUCCAGUCGAUGAUGCGUCUCCACUGGCACCGAGCACUUUGACCGUACGGCACCGCGUCUUCAGCGCUCAUUUGAGCUCCGAACAUGCGGCCGUGCGCUUCUUGGAGUCUUUCUAUCCGAAGAACCUGAAUGACCAUCAUGUGCUUGUCCUCUCCGCCGAAGCCGAACUCAGUCCUCUAUACCUACAAUACUUACACUAUGUCAUCUUGGAGUACAAAUACUCAUCCUACGCCAUACCGGAAGCCGAGCAUUUGCUAGGCAUAUCGCUGGACGUGCCUAGCAACUUCAUCAACGGCAGUGACGGCUUUAACCCGCCAAUCGUCGCCAACAUGAACUCGCCGCGCUUUGUGGACAACAAGAGCUACAACCAAUCCAGCAGCGCUCCCUUCCUGUACCAGGCGCCCUCUUCCAAAGCCUGCUUAAUCUUCGGUGACAAGUGGGCUGCCCUGCAUAACUUCGUAAGCAACCGCAUCACCGCGAGCCACACCGGUAAAGCAGAGAAGACGAAGAAGGUGGUUGCGGAGACGGAACCGGCAUGGAUGGAGUUUCUGCUCGAGCUGAUGCGAGCGAGAGGCUGGAACGUGCUAUGUCCGCCCGUACCGCUCGCAACCGUCCAUAACGACCUCUCGCAGAUACCGGAAGAGUUUCUGCGAGAGAAGACUGAAGGGCAGAAGGGCUCGGAAGUCUCACGACAGUCGAACCACCCGGAAGAGGAGCCAUUCUUGCUUGGGCCCGAUGCGCCUACACUUGCCACUCAUCUCGAAAGAGAAGGGGCAGGCUACGUGCCACUGCACGAGCUGCUACCGUUCAACGGUGACCUCCUCGAGCUGCCGCAUCUGCCACAUCUCUCCUACCGCGGAGUAUUGUUCAACCCGAUUGAGCUUAGACCUCAAGCUGAGGAGUUCGCUAUCACACUCCGUCAGUACGCCGGUGGCUGCGAUGCCAAAGAUGCCGCUCGCAAGCGCGCUGUCACGGACAUCGCGAAUACGGAUGAUCUGUUCUGUCUGCCGGGUAUGGAGUUGAGUUUGGACAGUGAACGCGCGGAGAGGGACUCGCUAUUUGGACCCGAGGUUGUUGCCUCUGCUGUGCAGCAGGCGGUGAACAAGGCCGACGCGGCCGCUGCGCAAGCAGAAGAGGCGACAACAACAUCUGCCACUACGAGUACAGCCGCAGCUUCAGAGACGCUUCCUCCCGUAGGCGUGAUGGUGGAGAGUGAAAUGGGGUGA